AUGGACGUACUACAAUCCCUGCCGGCUAAUCUUUCAGUAUCUGCACCUCCGGACGUGCCGAGCGGCAAGGAGGCAGGAAAGCGCGUCCUUCAUGCACGGAUCAAAGAACUCAAGGAUCAGGUCGAAGAGCUUCAGACGCGUGUACGUUGGCUAGAGACGUUACUCAAAUCGGGCAGGAAUGAGCAUGAGGGAACGCUUAAGGUUGAGGAUACAAAAAUAGACAGUGCUACUCAAGGUAGCCUGCAAGGAAACCUGGGUGGACGCGUGAAGUCAGAGGAAGAGGAAGAAGCAAAACAAUCUUUGAUAUCGGCGCGUAAGAGCACCAGGACUAUCAAAAAGCGCAAAAUGUUUGAUCCGACAGCGGACGAGCCCAUGCCUCGACGACGGCGCAGCUCAAUGAAGGUCAAGACGGAGGAUGGUGACCAGAAGUACAUCAAGGUGGACGAUGACUGUGAACAGGAGAAAAAGCCUCACCUUCGCUCACGAAGGCUGAAAGUCGAGGUGGUGAUGCCUCGCCGCUCGCGGCCUCGCGUGAAAUCUGAAACUCCCAUAGAUGUCGACACAAUUCCAACAAAAGCUGAAAAUUAUGCUGUCAAAAUGCCGCAAGACGAGGGAAUUGUUGUCGGGGUCCUAAAAACCGAUGCAUCUACCGGUCUUGACGACGUUCGAGCAGACACGGUUCCUGUUAUUAAGCCUUCGACUGAUAUGGAGGUCGAUGUCUCUUCAGAUCAGCCCAGUCUGCAGCAAGAAUUUGACUUUGCGCACCAACCUAAUAUGGAGUUGAUAGCAGCUCACCUCGAGCCACCUGUAGUGACACUCCCAAGUCUAAAUCUGGCGCCGGACGAAAUUGAUCCAAACGACAUAGAGGUAACAGAUGUCAGUGGUGCGUCGGUGUGA